UUCCGUCCUCCCUGGAGUAGGUCGCUGAUCUCCGACGCAAAGCAAAACGAUCUUCUUUAUCUCUGUUCGAGUUCAGUUUAGCGUCUUGCCUAUGAAGAAUGGCAGACAAACCAAGUAGAGCUCUCGUACUGUACGGAGAUGGCUUGUCUAGAUCUGUCGCCUCACACCAUACUCAUCUUCAUUCCUUCGCUUCUCGGGCCUCCUGUGGUUUCCUAGCCCUUCCGAAUUCCUCGCCAUCAGAGGAUGAGGAAGCCAGGGUAAUUAGAGAAUUUGCAGAGCUGAUGGAUUCAAAUGGCUUGGAUUACAAUACGGAUUUAGAAGGAUUGGUUAAGGAUAAACAUGAAGAAAAGUGUGCUAUUCCUUCUGUUUCAGAGAGGUUCAUGGGAAUGAAAGCAGCUAUGAUAACAGACAGCUUCAGUUUGAAGUCAUUUGGAAGUAAACUUGGGUUCUCUGUAUUGAGCUGGAAUGAGUCAUCUGACAAGACUCACUCCCCUGCCGAGAUACCACGGCUGGUCCCUGAAUUGUUGAAAUUGCUUGGAUUUCAAGAAGGGAAGAUUUUAGACAACCACCAGUUCGACCUACUUGUCGUUCAUGUCAGAGCUGGUGAAAUAUUAAAUGAUCUUAAAGACAUUGAAUUUGUCAAUCAAUUUGUUGGGGCAUUGUUGCAGAGGGAACAAUUUAUAGAUGAUAUCCGUGCACGGUUGCAUCUGUCGGUUGUUACUAGCCAUGGGGCUGAGCUGGAGGAUGAUCAUUUGCAGUAUUCUAUUUCUGAUAUGCAACGAAAUAAUAAUAGCGAACUUUCUGUGCUUUUUCCCCGACAAAGUUAUACGAUAAAAGGAGGAAAGCCAAGGGAAAAUAUUAGGCAUCACUGUCCUAUGCUUUCUGCUCAAUAUCAGGAGGCUGUGACUCGGAAGGACAUGGUGAAAUCUUUCUCUUUUAAAGAUAUACUUGAGAAUGGUGGAAGUGUUGCGAUACCGGCAGAUCGGUUCUUACACGAAGUGGCCUUCAAGCUUUGGAAGGCCCCGAAAUAUGGGGCAUGAGGCAAACUCAAGAACAGAGGAUGCUUUGGCUGACCGGAUUGAUUAUAAAUUCGUAAAGGUGCCGGCAACCUGGAUGAUAGAAAUCCAAGGAGCUUCUUGUACCUUGAAAUGGCCUAAACAGCAUUUCACCCUUCAUUAACUUAUCAGUUAUUAUGUUACAUAAUGUUAGUAGGAAGAAUCAGAUGAUGCUCAAAAGCUUCAUUCAUUUGUUUUUGCUAAUAAUUGGCCAUAAAAUUGGCCAUAAAAGUAAUGUGUUGUAAGCUUUCAGUC